AUGAUUGCUGAAAACAUGUCGAAACCGCAUGCACAAGAUCAUCGUUUAUCUGAUGGUCGAAGACUUUCACUGUCAAUUAAUAUGCGACAAAAUAAAGCACUGAAUCAGCCUUUUACUCGAACAAAUGAAUUAGAACAGUACUUUCGGAUUAUACCGUGUAUUUAUCCUCAACAGAUUUUUUGUUUUGCUGCGUGCUUGCUUAAAUGGUAUCGCUUGGAAAGUUUGCGACAAGAAGCCUUACUUACAGUUGGGACUAAAUCACGAAAUAUUGAUCGUCAUCAAACAGCAACUGAACCAACAUCAGAAGACGAACUUCAAGGCGAUGAAAAUUUUGAAAAAGAGGAAGAAACUGACAAAGAACCACAAGAAUCAGUUACUCUGAAACUAUUAGAGCAGAAUAUACAAACCAGUGUUAAUAGGACUAACAUUCUGGUUGACACUUCUUCAUUACAAAAGGUUGAGAGAAAAUCUCAGGUGAGCAACGAAGGUGAAGUCAUAAAGGAGGGUGACAAAGAGGAUGACCAACCAGAAGGAGAUGGAGAGGAAGAAGCAAAGGAAAUAAAUGAGAGUUCAAUAACAAAUGCUCCACCCUACGGUUUAGUGAAUAAAGCACCUCUGAUAAAAAUUAAUUACACUACUGCUCAAGAGAAAAGGAGCACUAUUAAACUGGUCUUUGACACGAUGAAGUAUUCAGCAAUCCUUGAAAAACUUCUUGAUGAAACAUCCCUUUUCACCAAAUAUCCUGAAUUAAGAGAUGAGGAUACUUUAGUCUUAGUACUAUGCUAUGACUAUACUAUGCGAAAUUUUCAAUGUCUUACUCUACCGAAUGGUCGAGUUGUACUUUUUCCACCUGGAGAAGAAACAUUCAAGGCAGUUGAAAGUUGUGUUCAAACUAUGUGUACACAAUUAGCUGCUUGUGUUGCACGUAUACGUGUUCGUAAUCAAGUGACUUCACUAAGACAUCUAUUACCAGAAGAUUGGCGUAAAUCAGAAGAAAUCACUGAAAAUAUGCCUUUGUAUGGAUGGUAUAAUCAAUUACUUGGCAAACAAGAAAUCGUUACAAAAUGGUUGAAAGAAAAUGGUUUCCGACGUAUUAUGCUUGGACGUCUACCACAACCGAAUGAAUAUGCAUCAGACAAACACUGUUCAGAUGUAUUCGUUUUCAAUAAACAAGAUAUGAAUCGUUUGAUUGAUUCUGAAAUUGUUAUACAAAAGAAUUUAAUAUUACAAGAUAAAAGUUCUUGUCUAGCUGUUCAUUGUUUACUUUCAAACUAUACUGGAGGUGAAGAAGUUCUGUUCGUCAACUGUAUAAACAUUUAUUCAGCUAUACACUUAGAAAGUUUAAUUGGUAAUAAAUUUCCACUGAUUCAACCUAUCCCACAAAUUCGUUGUAUACGACCAUUCAAAGAAGAUGAAGAUGUUCGACUAUCAUUGAAAAUGGGUUCAAAAGCUACAAAGAAUUCAAAUGAAGACUUUUUAACUUUAUUAGCUAAUGGAGAUAAUAAUAAAUUUAUUCGGCAUAUUUUUAUUGAAGCGAGUGAUACACGAUGUGCUGUGGCAAGUCCAAUUGAAUUUAUUGAAAUUGAAAAUGAAGACCCUUUUGUACUACAAGAUAUGUGGACACUACCUGGAAAUCUUGUCAGAGAAAACAGGCGUUCACGUUUGAUUAAAAAAACAUCCUCUUUACUAAGACAUGCGUUAAAAUUUCCAGGUUUACACACAGUUACAAUAUUAUUUCAUUCAGAUGAUAUAGAUGAGACAGAUGAUAUAGUUAUAAAAGUUGUAGAAGCUACUAAUCGUAUCCUACUGAAAGAAGCUGAAACAUUGGCAGCUAAUAAUCGUGGAAUAAACACAAGAACAGUAUUCAAUAUUAAAAUUCCGAUAUUUUCAAGUUUUCAAGAAGAAAUAGAUUCAUUCAAUCAAGGCAAACCAAGUAUAAUAGCAAAGAAUAAAUUUAUACGAGUUCAAGCAUCAAGUGAAUGUAAUGGUUUUGUUAUAGCAUUACUUCAUAAAGAGACUAUUCCACUGAAAAGUUCCGAUGAAUCGAAACAAGAAUCAGAAGUACGAAAGAAGUCUAGAAAAAAUACAAAGGGCAAGUUGAAGGGAAAGAAACGUUAG